GCUCCAGUCUGCAGGGGCAACAAUGGCGGGGCUCUGGGUUGGGGAGGCAGCGCUGGUCACAGCAGGACGGCGUGGACGGCGGUGGCCGCAGCCACUGUUGCGGAGCGCGGCGCUAUGGACCCUGAAGCAUGUUCCACAUUAUCCAAGACAGCAUUUAGUGGUGUCUCGUAGUCUCUGUUCAGCGGGAUAUGAUUCUAAUGAAAAAACUUUUGAUAAAAUUCUUGUUGCUAAUAGAGGAGAAAUUGCAUGUAGGGUUAUUAAAACUUGCAAGAAGAUGGGCAUUAAGACGGUUGCCAUCCACAGUGAUGUUGACGCUAGUUCUGUUCACGUGAAAAUGGCGGAUGAGGCGGUCUGUGUUGGCCCAGCUCCCACCAGUAAAAGCUACCUCAACAUGGAUGCCAUCAUGGAAGCCAUUAAGAAAACCGGGGCCCAAGCUGUACAUCCAGGUUAUGGAUUUCUUUCAGAAAAUAAAGAAUUUGCCAAAUGUUUGGCAGCAGAAGAUGUCAUUUUCAUUGGACCUGAUACACAUGCUAUUCAAGCCAUGGGUGACAAGAUUGAAAGCAAAUUAUUAGCUAAGAACGCAAAGGUUAACACAAUCCCUGGCUUUGAUGGAGUGGUCAAGGAUGCAGAUGAAGCUGUCAGAAUUGCAAGGGAAAUUGGCUACCCUGUUAUGAUCAAGGCCUCAGCAGGUGGUGGUGGGAAAGGCAUGCGAAUCGCUUGGGAUGAUGAAGAGACCAGGGAUGGUUUUAGAUUUUCAUCUCAAGAAGCUGCUUCUAGUUUUGGUGAUGAUAGGCUACUAAUAGAAAAAUUUAUUGAUAACCCUCGUCAUAUAGAAGUCCAGGUUUUAGGUGAUAAACACGGGAAUGCUUUGUGGCUCAAUGAAAGAGAGUGCUCAGUUCAGCGAAGAAAUCAGAAGGUGGUAGAGGAAGCACCAAGCCUUUUUCUGGAUUCUGAGACUCGAAGAGCAAUGGGAGAACAAGCUGUAGCCCUUGCCAAAGCAGUAAAUUAUUCUUCUGCUGGAACCGUAGAAUUCCUUGUGGACUCAAAAAAGAAUUUUUAUUUCUUGGAAAUGAAUACGAGACUCCAGGUUGAGCAUCCUGUCACAGAAUGCAUUACUGGCCUGGACCUAGUCCAAGAAAUGAUCCGUGUUGCCAAGGGUUACCCUCUCAGGCACAGACAAGCUGAUAUUCCCAUCAACGGCUGGGCAGUUGAAUGUCGGGUUUAUGCCGAGGACCCCUACAAGUCUUUUGGUUUACCGUCUAUUGGGAGAUUGUCUCAGUACCAAGAACCAGUACAUCUACCUGGUGUCCGGGUUGAUAGUGGCAUCCAACCAGGAAGUGAUAUUAGCAUUUAUUAUGAUCCAAUGAUUUCAAAACUAAUCACAUAUGGUUCUGAUAGAAGGGAAGCACUGAAAAGAAUGGAAGAUGCACUGGAUAAUUAUGUUAUUCGAGGUGUUACACAUAAUAUUGCAUUACUUCGAGAGGUGAUAAUCAACUCACGCUUUGUAAAAGGAGACAUCAACACUAAAUUUCUUUCUGAUGUAUAUCCUGAUGGCUUUAAAGGACACCAGUUAACAGUGAAUGAGAGAAACCAGUUAUUGGCAAUAGCUUCAUCCUUGUUUGUGGCCUCCCAAUUAAGAGCACAUCGUUUUCAAGAAGAUGAAAAUUCAAGAGUGCCUAUUGUAAAACCACAAGUGGCCGACUGGGAGCUCUCAGUAAAAUUGCAUGAUGAAGUUUAUACUGUUGUAGCAUCCAACAGUGGGCCAACAUUCUCUUUUCCCUGUUGGAAAGCUAGAGACCAUUGGCUUGACAGCUCAAGUGGUGUCUUUUGAAUUUUUGCUGUAGAAUUACCCCCUGUUUUACUUUUUAGCUCAUGAAGAAAGUAGGUUUAUUUAAAAAACACAUCAAAAUUAAUGCAUUAAAAUUUUCCCUGGAAAAUAUCCACCUUGAUAUAUAGUAUCAAAAACUACUUCCUGUAUGUGUGGGCUUAGCUACUAUCAGAAGCAUCAAACCUAAUAAAGAUGGAGUAUUACUGAUAGUAUAUCGCUUUUUCCUAACUGUAUUUGGACUGAGCUUCAUUUGACAUCAGUAUUAUGAAAGGAGACAAGCUGAAUAGUGUCACCCUCUGCCACAUCAGUAGAAAAUCAGCCUAGAGGUGACAGUCCAGGUUAAUGACCCAAGAGGUAGUACAUAUUUGUUUACCUCACAGUAAUGUGUUCACGUUUUCUAAAGUUCUUUUAUUAAAAACUUUAAAAAAAUUAUAAGGUAUUUCAAGUGAGGAAAAUAUAGCAAAUGUACAAAUCUGCUAUAUAGGUCAGAAAACAGAAAAACACCCCUAGAUACAGCUAAAUCUCUUCUUUACAUCAUCCCAUCUGCCUCUUCCUCCCUAGCAGUGACAGCUGUCCUGAAGGUAUCAUGUGUCUUUCUUGUACAUGUUGUUACACUUCAGUGUGCCAUAAUAAUAGUGAAACAUUUCAUGUACCAUAAUCAGAGUGAAAAAGAAAAUUGUGAAAAAUAUAUAUACUUAAUGAUACCAUUUAUGUAAGAUUUAAAAAUACACAAAGCAAAAACAGUUCAAUUUACAAUAGCACCAAAAAGAAUAAGAUUACUUAGGAAUAAACUUAAGACAUAGAGGACAAAGACUUGUACACUGGAAACAACAAAACGUUGCUGAAAGAAAUUAAAGAGGACACAAGUAAAUGGAAAGCCAUCUCAUAUUCGUGGAUUGGAAGACUUAAUGUUGCUAUAAAUGUUAAUAUUAUCCAAAGCGAUCUACAGAUUCAAUGUCAUCCCUAUCAAAAUCCCAACUGAUUUUUUGCAGAAAUAGAAGAAAAAUCCAGAAAUUCAUAUGGAAUCUCAAGGGACCCCAAAUAGUUAAAACAAUUUUGAAAAAGAAGAACAAAGUUGGAGAGCUCACACUUGCUGAUUUCAAAAUUUAUUACAAAACUGCAGUAAUCAAAACUGUGGUACACUAGUAAGACAGACACAUAGACCAACAGAAUAGAAUUGAGAGCCAGAAAUAAACCCUUGGAUAUAUAAUCGAGUGAUUUUUUAAAAAUAAAUUUAUUUAUUUACUUAUUUAUUAUGUUUGGCUGCAUUGGGUUUUUGUUGCUGUGUGCGGGCUUUUCUCUAGUUGCGGUGAGCAGGGGCUACUCUUUGUUGCGGUGCGAGGGCUUCUCAUUGUGGUGGCUUCUUUUGUUGUAGAGCACCAGCUCUAGAGCGCAGGCUCAGUAGCUGUGGCACACAGGCU